UUGAAUUAAAUUUGUGAGCUAAGUUUCUGAAAGUACAGCUCAUUUCAGGGAUAUUUUCUUACAUAGUAUAGGAACCAUGCUGUGUUUUCCAUUCUAUAUGGUUUAUCUUACCUGCCUUGUUUGUUCCUUUAUAGCUUCCUCAAAAAUAGAUUUAGAUCACUGAUAAUUAACAUAUUCUGUCAUUCUUUCAGAUUCGAAUGAAAGGGUCCCUUCCUUCAUUGAGUCCUUUCCCUCAGUCAUUACUUAAUUACUGUAAAGGAGGUGUAGCAUUCUUUCGACCUGGAGCAGCUGGAGACCACAAGCUUGAUGAAGUUUCCAUUAAAGCAAUAGGUUGCUUCAGAGAACUUUGUGCUUUGUGUUGGAUGCUACAUAUUCGUGAUAAGUUAUCCUAUAGUUGCAGGCAGUAUCAGAAAGCAAGAGAAAAUGUGGAGGGAAAAAAGGACCUCGAAGUGGAGUUUGAUUCUUGUAUGGUUGAGCACUGCCUCAGUGCAGUGGAGUGGGCGUACAGAAUGCUGCCCUUCUCUCGGUUUUCUGAUAUUGAAGAACUUAUUCAGGAUCUAAUUUUGAGCCUUAUUGGAGAACUGCCACCAAUCAGAAAGGUAGCAGAAAUUUUUGUGAAAGCAUUUCCCAAUCCUGAAGACAUAAGGGUUCCUUUAAGAGAAAAAUAUCACUCUCUUCAGCAGAGACUCAGACACUGUGUUGUGAAAGGUCCCCAAACUGAGGAAAUGAUGUCUGUUAUUAUGCAUUCUAUACAUAAAGUGAGAGUGAAAGCCCUAAAACGUGUGCAGAGAAAUAUAGGUUCUUUUGAGAUGAAUAUCUGGGAACCAGUUGAAGAAGAAAAACCAGCUGAGGUUCCAGGUUUUGAUAGGUUUUCCCUAGGAACUAGUUUGAGCAGGAGCACACUCACCGAACUGGGGAAUUCUCUAGUCCACAGUGAUGCAGAUACAGCAGACACCUUCUCGGAAGCAUUGUCAGUUGAAGAAAAAAGUAGGAUACGUGUCUAUCAAAG